AUGCCUUCGAACGAAUCGAACAAAGAUGGCGAUCAGGGGACGCAAGAUGAUUCGAAGUCCGACAAGCCUGCCGUUUCAGACGAAGACGUACGCCAGGAGGCGGGGAAAGCUGCCGACGCUUCCCUUGCCGCACAGAAGAAAGCCAAAGAGCUGCAAGAUGCGGCAGCAGCAGCCGGAGAUCCAGAAGAACGCCAGAGAUUGACCGAAGAAGCUACGAACGCGCAUAUCGAAGCUGAGUCUUUUGGGAAAACUGCAAAAUACCUCCGCUCAGGUACCUUCCAAGGAAUGGCUAUGGGUACAGGACUUGGUGUCGCUCCUGGAGCCAGUCUGGGAGCCAUCACGGGCACUUUAGUUGGAGGCGUAUCGUCCACAAUUCUUGGUGGUCUAGGCGCUGGGAUAGGAGCUGCCACGGGUGCAUUGCAUGGCCCGUUCUUGAACAUUGGCAAAGUAGCAGGAAAAGGAAUGAAGAAACUUACAAGUUUCCUUCCAGAAUGGGCAGUAAGCGAGGAGCAGAAAAGAACGCUAGAGAAAAUGGUCGACCAGGUCAAUAAACAAGAAAUGCCUGGGGCCGAAGAGCUUGAGAAGUUCAAGAGUGAAGGUGGCGGAAAGCUGGAUGAAGGUUGGAUGAAGACCGUGAAGGGGAUGAUGCCAGAUCAGAAAGAGAUAUCAGAUGCAGCCAAAGCAGGUGCACAAGCGGGUGGUGGAGAGGCAGACUCAAAGACCGACGAAGCCCAAUCCGACCAGCAAUCGAAUGGUAGUACGGCGCAGAAGAGUAACAAUCAAGGGCGUAAGAAGCCACGCAAGCUGAAUGCAAAGCCAUCUAAUAGUGAUCAAGCGACCAAAGAGAUCGCUGGCGAUGGUGAAGCAGCCGGUGAUUCCACUAAGGAUAAUAGAGGAGAUGACUCUAAGAAGAACGAGGAGUUGGAUCGCAAGAAAGCAGACUUAGAUCGUAGAGAGGCCGAACUGGAUGAAAGGGAGAAGGCAUUGGCAGAACGUGAAGAGUCUUUGAGGGCGAAAUCAGAUGGCGAUGCGACAACAACCAAGCCUAAAGGCCAGCCACGCAAACUCCAAAGUAGAUCGUAGCUGUCCCCAUACUCGAUUCACAUACCUUUAGCGAUAAUUUGAGUGCUUUCGAUAUUAA